GGGAGCUCAAUGGUGUGUAGUGGCCAUCAAACACGACUUCUGAGCAGUUCCGAAGAAGAUAUUUGUUUACUUUUUUAAAAAAACUGCGGCAGCUCGGAAAACAAUACCCGAAGUGUGGUGGAUUUUCACAUCUAAACCCUCUAUGGAAAGUUAAACCUGUUGCCUGCCUGCCUCGCCGCACAGUCGACCACUAUCCAAGAUGUUGCUUUGUGGAUGGGAUGGCCUCUGGUCCCGCUUGUGUGCGCACUCAUAGCCUCGUUGGAGUACGAACAUUUUCCUCUCAAGUGGUUGUGUAGCUCUCCUCGCCUGGAAAGAUGCAUGUGUCUCUAGCAGAAGCCUUGGAGGUUCGCGGAGGUCCACUCCAGGAGGAGGAGGUCUGGGCAGUGCUCAGCCAGAGUGCUGAGAGCCUCCAAGAACUCUUUCACAAAGACCCUGCAGCCAUGGGCUUCAUCAUCUCUCCCUGGUCCCUCCUGCUCAUGCCCUCUGGCAACAUCUCCUUCACAGACGAGUAUGUCACCCAGCAGGACUUGCGACCCUUCACAGCUCCAGAGGUCCUGGACGGGGUGUCUUUGUCUUCAGUGUCUGAUAUAGAGAAGAUGCACAUGUACUCUCUGGGAAUAACCCUGUUCUGGGGAGCAGACUAUGAGAUCCCCCAAAGUCAGCCCAUGAAGUUGGGGGAACACCUAAACAGCCUUCUUCUCAACAUGUGUGAUGAUGUUACAUUGAGUCGAAUGUCACUGCGCACGGUGCUGGACAUCUGCAGCAAACACAUUCGAAACUCCAGUUGUGACCCUCCCCUGUCCUAUAUCCGGAAACUGGUCCGGUUAGUACUGGGCAGCCUUUCCCAGCUGGAUGGUCUGCUGACUGAUAGAGAGUCUCUUCCGGAGCGGAGUAAGGAGAUUCGGGAGAGACUCAGGGGCAAAGGUUUGCCCGCAGGGAGGAGUGCCGCCCCCAGGGUUCUGGAGCGCUACCGAACCAGGACUCAGGAGCAGUCGUCUCUUAACCGGGGCCUCAGUCGAUCCAUGGGCUCUCUGCCAAUCCAGGACCUGUUGAAGGCUGAUGAGGGGGCAGCCCUACAAUAUUCUCCAUCUGACUAUCACCCCAACUCCGAAUCCCCCACAGAAUUCUACCCCAAACCCCCCUCACUCCAUCACCAGCACUCCUAUCCCUAUCUGCACCCCCUUCACCCUCAGCAAAAAGGCCGGCCCGUUGAACUGGACCGGAGGUCUUUACCCUUCCACAGUAGGGACCCGGGCCCUUCUCAGGCUAGGAAGACCUGGGCUUCUUCUGUGGACUUGGCUUGCAUUGACCCAGAGGCACUCCGUUUUGGGGCUUUGGAGGAUGCACGGAGGGGCAGCAGUGCCAUAAGUACCCACUCCAUUGGCCGGCGCAAAUCACCCUUGCAGGCAUCCAGGGAGAGGGAUUCUCGCUACCCUGAGUUUGGCGGGCUGAAGAGUAGGAAGCCUCAUCACCACUCAGCCCUGUCAGUAGGCUCAGGCCUCACUGGCGCCUAUGACAGGAUAAAGGAGAGGCAGAGGAAACUCCAGGUGCUGAGGCAAGCAGUGGAUGACCCAGUCCACACCCACCAGAGGUACCACAGUGAUUACAGUUCAUCCAGUGAAAGCCCCUCAGUGACCUCUGAUCCAGAAUACAGGCAAGCUAAGAAACCAGGUGAGGUGAGGAGGUAUGGCUCCCAGCUGGCACUUUCCUCUGAACACGAUGCCCUGUCGCUGACAAGUCACAACACACACAGGCUCAGGCAGUAUGAAGGAGCAUCUGAUGAAGGUCUGGUUGGAGCAGAGCUGCUCCUCCAGAAGCAGGAGGAGGAGGUGGAGCGGCUCCAGGCCCACCUGGCCAGCAGGCUGUCCAGGGCCAAUCUGUACCCCACAGAUGACCCCCUGGUCCCAUCUCGCACUUCCAUGCUCGACCUUCGAGACCCCCUGUACACCUCUGCUGCAGCACUUCGUAAACCCAAGAACUUCCAUGGGCCUGAGUUUGUGAAGAUGGCCAGUGAGCCCUGUGUUGCCUUAUCUGUUCCCUCUUCAAUAAUGAAACGUGGUAAGGUGGAGGAAGUGCAGAGGAAGGUUGGUGUGGUGCUGCUGAAUGGCCAAAAGCUGGAGCUGAGCUGUGACAUCAAGGCAGUGUGUAAAGAUGUUCUUGAUAUGGUGGUUGCCCACAUCGGGCUUGUGGAGCACCAUCUCUUCGGCCUAGCAUACCUCAGAGAUAAUGAGUUUUUCUUCGUUGAUCCUGAUGCCAAACUGUCCAAAGUGGCCCCAGAGGGAUGGAAGGAGGAUCCUAAAAAGAAGAAAUCCGAUGUGCCUUUUAAUCUUUUCUUACGCAUCAAAUUCUUCCUUGAUGAUGUCAACCUCAUACAGCAUGCUAUGACCAAACAUCAAUACUACCUACAGCUGAGGAAGGAUAUCUUGGAGGAGCGGAUGCGCUGUGACACAGAAAAUGCCAUGAUCCUUGCUUCACUGGCGCUGCAGGCUGAAUUCAGUGACUACCAAGCUGAGCUGCACGGGAAGACUUAUUUCAGGCUGGAGCAUUACCUGCCGGUGUCGGUCCUGGAUAAGGUGAACCAGACAGUCAUCAAGGAGGAGCUGCUGAAACUUCACAGCAACUACUAUGGGGCAUCUGACACUGAGGCAGAGUUUGAGUUUCUCAAGGUGAGCCAGAGGCUGACAGAGUAUGGUGUCCAUUUCCAUCGGGUGCUUCCCGAGAAGAGGUCCCAGACGGGCAUCAUGCUGGGUGUCUUCUCCAAGGGGGUGCUCAUCUUUGAGGUCCUUAAUGGGAACCGUACCCCGGUGCUAAGGUUCCCCUGGAGGGAGACAAAAAAGAUUUCCUUUACAAAAAAGAAGAUUUGCCUUCAGAACACGUCAGAUGGGAUUAAGCACCUGUUUCAGACGGACAGCAACAAAACCUGUCAGUAUCUGCUACAGCUCUGCUCUGAUCAGCACAAGUUCCACCUGCAGAUGAAGGCCCGCCAAAACAACCAGGAGCUUCAAGACCUAGAGAACUGCCCCUUGAGCAGCUUGCAGUACUCCCUUGACCCUAGGAGUCGAGACUCAGUGGGGAGGACCGUGAGCUCAGGCAGCCUGGCCCCCAGCUUAUCAACACGCUCCAACCCAGACCACCUGAAGAGGAUCUCCUACUCAGAAGUGGCCCUCAACAAGGCACCAUCUGGCCCACUGUUGGUCCAGGAUGAGCUUCAAUUUCCAGGUUUCAACCCAGUGGCUUCCACGAUCCUUUCCAAUCCGCGAAUAAUGAGCCGCUCCCACCACAACCUAGGACAGAUGCCAGAGUCUCCAGAGCACAGAGUGGCGGAGUCAUACAGUGGCCAGUCACACAGCGGACUGAGUCAGGCACCACCCGGCCAACUGGCCUCUCAUUUCCAGCAACACCAGCGAGCCAGCUCAGACACAGACUCCCUCUCACACCAACAGGACAAAUCAUUUGGCACAGUGACACACAGCAGCCCAGUGUGGAGUCUCACCCGGUCCAAAAAAGAAUCUGACACUUCUUCCGUAGAGGACACUGGCCAAGCAUAUGUAGUAGGUGUCAGUAUGCACAGUUCCUCUGCACCGCCUUCAACCCCAGCUUCUGUUAACGACUCACUCAAGAAAAAGCUCAGUGCCUUACCAUCUCCAGAGAGAGAAAUCACAACUGUAAACCUGAAGAAAGAUGUGAAAUAUGGCCUGGGGUUCCAGGUCGUAGGAGGGGAGAACUCUGGUCGUAUGGACCUUGGCACCAUCAUUAGCUCCAUCACUCCUGGGGGUCCUGCUGAUGUCAACGGCUGCCUGAAACCUGGUGACCGGCUGAUCUCAGUGAAUGACGUGAACCUGCAAGGGCUCUCACAUGCCACCACGAUAGAUAUCCUCCAAAAUGCUCCUGAUGAUGUUACUCUGGUGGUGUCACAACCCAAGGAGAGGCUCUACAAAGAAUCUUCUUCAGGUUAUGUUCCCUACCAAGUCAAGUCUGUAUUGAAGGCACUCGACUCUGGCCAGAGACGAGAACCAGACUUUGAUACCUCUUCAGAGGAGCAGGCGGGAACAGGAAGCCCCAGCCCUCCUCUCCAGAGUGGUGGCACACCGUCAUCCACCUCGUCCCCAGUCCAUCAGCACACCAGCCUCAGUUCUCAGGACUCCAGGACAAGCGGUGUUGCUAAAAUCAGCCAACCCCCUGCUAAUGGAGUUCUGCAGUGCCUAGAAAGAGCCAAAGCUGCUGCCACAGCUGCACCCAUUGCCCAGCAUCAUAGACCAGAACCUAACGUGGGUGUGGAUCCUACGCCGCCGGCUCUGCCACCCAAAACUAGGAAAGCUAAAUUGUUGGAAGCUCCCAAAGUUUCCGAGCAUUCUGACUGGGGGGAUUCGGACAUGGAUGAGGAGACUUAUUCCAGUAGUCAAGAGAAACUCAAAGUCAAAAAGGAAUACAUCAUGGAAAAUUUAAAUGGUAAUGCCCCAGGGGUCAAUAGUCUCCGUCCAGGAGAACUAUUUGACGUUGAGCUGUCCAAAAAAGACAGCAGCCUGGGCAUAAGUGUCACGGUACUGUUCGGCAAGGGGGGAGUGAACACAACUGUUCGACAUGGAGGCAUCUACGUCAAGGCCAUCAUACCAAAAGGAGCUGCUGAGCUCGAUGGACGGAUACACAAAGGUGAUCGCGUGGUGGCCGUCAAUGGUAAAAGUCUGGAGGGAGCCACUCAUCAGCAGGCAGUGGAGGCUCUCAGAGACACUGGGCAGACAGUGCACUUGUUGCUGGAGAAGGGUCAUCUGCCUGCAGACAGCGUCCAUGCUCCCCUCACACCUCAGUGCACUCCACCAUGUGCCGCCAGCAACCGAGACCAGACCAAGGGCAAAGAGCAGCCACUUGAGGUCAAAGAAAAACUGGAGUACAGCUUUGUUACACCAGAUAAUGUGUUUGAGGUGUGCCUGUUGAAGAACACAUCAGGGCUGGGUUUCAGUUUUAGUCGAGAGGAGAGCAUCCCAGACGAGCCCCACGGCUCCAGCAUGGUGCGGGUUAAAAAGCUCUUUCCUGGCCAACCGGCUGCAGAGAGCGGUCGCAUCAAAGUGGGCGACGUCAUCAUGCGGGUCAAUCAAACCUCCCUCAAAGGACUCUCGCAACAUGAGGUGAUAUCAGCCUUGCGAGGAACAGGACAGGAGGUGACUUUGCUCCUCUGUAGACCUGAACAUGGGGUUCUUCCUGAAAUGGACAAUUCAGCUUUGACACCCAUGCCAUCACCCCGAAAGGAGCCACUGACCCAGGCAGAGUCCAGCCUGAACUUCGGCAGAACAACCUCUCCUCUGGAUACACAAAGCAAGAGGAGUCAGUUCAUGGUGGAGGAGGCCCUAGAUAGGCUGCGUUUCAAAACCCCCGGCCGACACAACAGCUACAGUGACAGCACUGAUGGGGAUGAGGAGGUGGAAGAAGCCUUCAGCCCGAGCGCUGUGGAGCACAGCAGGAAAACUUGGGACCAGAGUGUGUACCACACCCCCAGCAGCAAUCUGGGACUGGGACGCUACGACAGCACUGGUCAGCUGGACGAAACCAUCCACUCAGCCUUCUACUCCCCAAACCUGUCAAUGACGCGGUCGGACCUUAGCAAGAGGUGUCCUUCAUCCCCCAUGACAGCUGAUCUGGAGGCCCUCCCCCCCACUGCUCCAAGCCCAGAUCCCCUGCCUCCUCCACUGCCUCUGCCCUUAAACCUCACCUUGUCUGGCAAUGGACAUGACAUGGAGGAAUUGGUCCCGGUAAGAACUGAGGAAGAGAAGCGUUCAAGAUGGAAAGAAGUUGAGCUCAAGGUCUCCUUGGUGAAGUCAGAAAAAGGCAGCCUGGGCUUCACCCUCACCAAAGGUAAUGAUCACGGAUGCUACAUCCAUGACAUCGUCCAGGAUCCAGCCAAAGGAGACGGACGGCUCAGGCCCGGGGACCGAAUGAUUAUGGUAAACAACACAGAUGUGAGCAAUAUGGGCCACACCGAGGUGGUAAAUCUUGUGCGUGCAGCCCCCUGUGUGGUUGACUUGGUGGUAGGGAGGGUCUUGGAGGCUCCCAAGCCCCCCAUAGAAGCCCACCUGCUGCCUGACAUUUGUUUUAAGGGCAGCCAAGAACCACUGGGUUUGGUACUGGACGGUGGCAGUGACAGCGUAUACGGUGUCUUGUUUGUGAAAGACAUCCUGCCAGGUUCGAUGGCCUUUGAGGAAGGCAGCCUGAGACCACUUGAUCUAGUUCACUACAUCUGCGGUGCCCCCACCCAGGACCUGACUCUCAGUGAGAGCACCAGACUGUUGGAGCUCUCCCUCGACAACCUCUCCCUCAAGGCCACGAGGGAUGGAAAGCCUGUCUCCCCCGGGCAGAAAACUGUCUCUUUUCUUAACGCCAACAUCAACACCAAGGUGUCAUCCAGCAUGAAUGGGUUUCUUAAAGGAGAAGAUCCAAGAGAUGCAGAGUGUCUUGCAGCACUUUGUCCUUUAGAGGAGGAGAUCAUUAAGCUGCAUCUGGAGAAGCCGCACUCUGGAGGUCUGGGUUUCUCUGUGAUUGGAGGGGAGAGGGGGAUCUUUGUCAAGUCCGUCACAUCAGGAGGGGUAGCAGAGUCCUCAGGCAAACUGCAAGUGGGAGACAGGCUGCUAAAAGUGAAUGAAGAGCUAAUGACAGGUGUGUCCCACACCAAAGCUGUCACCACCAUCCGGAAAGCUAAAGGCCUGGUGCAGCUAAUAGUGUCCAGACCGCCAGACCAGAACCCAAACACAUACCUGGCCUACUUGCCCAUCAACUCUGACAAGUGCAAUGGAAACACAGACCUGAGUGAGGACAGCAGAGUGAAGAGUAAGCUGCGUACUCUCCACGAUGAGCUGAAAUCUGGUAGUUUCCCUCCAAUACCACCAAUAGACUAUGAAGAUGGUCCACUAGAGAAGAAAAGAGAGAUGGAGCACAGCGCAGAGCUUUCAGAGGACACAGACUGUGAUGGCUCAUCUUUACCUGAAGACUCCCCAGAGAGUUCCCGGAAAGUGAAAUGGCAAGAGGAAAGUGUUGAUGAUCCGAGGAAUGAAAACUAUCUGCAAAUGAGUGCCGGACAACCAGAGGAAGAUGAAAUCACGUGGGGAAGUGAUGACCUGCCUAUUGAAAACAUAGACUCCAGAUUGAGAGAUGACGGGCCAAUCAUCACGGAGGAUGAGCUGACGUCUUUGCCCCUCGUCAAAGUGGUCCCUGAUGGCCAGUACACAGGACCAAAGCUCAACACAGUGGUCAGCAUGAUGAGGGGCCUCCUGGAGCAGAAAGUCCCGCUGCAGGAGUUCGAAAAUCUUCAGAAUCUCCAGCCUCUGGAUGACUGUUUAAUAGGUCAGACGAAGGAGAACAAGAAGAAGAAUCGUUACAAGAAUAUUGUUCCCUUUGACACAACCCGAGUCAUGCUGGGCGAAGACGGGGGCUACAUCAACGCCAACUUCAUCAAAAUGUCAGUGAAGGAUGAGAACUAUAUGUACAUCGCCUGUCAGGGUCCCUUACCCACCACUCUGGGUGACUUCUGGCAAAUGGUCUGGGAGCAGAAGUCCAACGUGAUCGCCAUGAUGACCCAGGAAGUAGAGGCGGGGAAAGUGAAAUGUCAGCGGUACUGGCCAGACACACCCAGGACAGCAGAGAUGGUGGACGACAGGUUACAGAUCAUGCUGAUCAAAGACCAGCAUCUCGACAACUUUGUCAUCCGACUCAUUGAGGUCAAAGAUGUCCAGACCAAUGAAAUCCAGCAUGUAACUCAUCUGAACUACACGGGAUGGCCCGACCACGGAACGCCCUCGCAACCCGAGCACCUGCUCACAUUUAUAUCCUACAUGAGGCACGCUCAUCGAUCGGGGCCCAUAAUCACACACUGCAGCGCAGGCAUUGGUCGAUCAGGGACCCUCAUCUGUGUAGACGUGGUGCUGGGUCUCAUCAGUAAAGAUGCGGAUUUUGAUAUUUCAGACGUCGUAAGGAACAUGAGACUUCAGAGACACGGAAUGGUCCAAACAGAGGACCAGUAUAUCUUCUGCUAUCAAGUGAUCCUCUAUGUCCUCAGAUGCCUUCAAGCAGAGGAAAACAUCUCAGGAUAGUAGAAACCACAUAUCGCCGUCAUGUAGAGGCUGGAUGACUGUUUCACAAGAGCAAAACAAAAAUGGAGGAGAGUUGACACAGGCAGAAAUUGCCAAAUUACACUAUAUGUUUUUAAAAUGCCUUAAAACAUUCAGCUCUCAAGAGUACAUCCUUUAAAGAAGUCUAUAUUUUUAUGUUUGCUUUUUGAGUUCUCGCUCUUUGGCUGCUACUCUUUUUCAGUGCAUUUAUGGGAACUGCUGAUUGUAUUUCUUAUUGUCACCAACAAGAGAACACUUAUGUUUUUGUUUUUUUUUCCAGAUUCUUGGAUAUUCUAAAAUAACUCUGAAAGUGAUGAAUGACUUCGUAUUUUAUGUGGAACAAAAUUGUACUUGUGUAUUUUGAAUCCUGUUUUGAUGCUGGAACAUGCCUUGACAGAAUACUAUGUCAGUAUUUGCUUUGUAAAUCUAUUAUACAGUAAUUGCUCACUACCUGAGGGUAAAUGAUGAAAUUAAAAGUGUACAUAUUCAUCUCCUGAAAAUUAAACUGGAUACAUUUAAAAUGUUAUGUCGAGGAAAGUUUCAUUUGAAAAAUAUUAAAUAUUUUCCUGACUUUUACUUCACAUUGCCUUUUGGCAUACUUUUGAAAUUGGCGAACUUUGUUAUUGUGCGCAUUCAUGCUGUGUAAACAGUUGCCAACACAUUCCAAACUUCAUUUAUAUAAACAUUAACCUAAUACAGCUUUUCCAAGCUUGCUGACUAACAAAACCACUGAGGAAGAGAAGCUUGUGCACCUGUAGAACAGUUGAUGACUUGAAAAUGACUUUGUAUACACUACAUAGGUUACUAUACAGUAUUGCAAUAACAAAGCUUAUAAUGUUGAAUCUGUGCUGAGGCUGUCAGUGAGUGUUAAUUUAUCAUUUUUGGCUUUGUAGUUUGGGUGAUUUUCUGCAUUAUACUGGUGUUAAUUUUUCAACCCAUAGUAACGCUGCAGAAAAGCAAACAACGGCCUCAUAAUUGACCAUAAAAUUAAAUGAACAAUACAAAGACCGAUCAUUGUAGAAUUCAUAUUUUCAUUUUUUGCCUGAAUGUUGAAAUGGAAUACAUAUUGUGCAGGUGCUCA